CAUAUUGGAUGAGCAAAGCCCCCGAAUGACACCUUUGGACUAAUUGGACAUGACAGCAUAAAUUCCUGAGCUCUUGCUUCACCGGAACCUCGCGACUCUUUCCUCCACCGCCACCGCCACCGCCACCGCCGACGGUGUUCCUCGGCCGCGCGAUCUCAUCACCAGAAUAAUGUCGCACCAGCCCUACGAUCCCUACUACCUGGCGGUCGCGCCUCCGAUGCCCGACUACGGCGCGGGCUUCGCCGGCGGCGAAAAGGGGCUGAUCAACACGCUCUUCGUCUCCGGACUCCCCGACGACGUGAAGGCCCGCGAGAUUCACAACCUCUUCCGCCGUCGCCCUGGGUUCGACUCCUGCCAGCUCAAGUACACCGGCCGCGGUAAUCAGGUGGUUGCUUUUGCUACAUUUUUCAACCAUCAAUCAGCAAUAGCAGCAUUGCAUGCCUUAAAUGGCGUCAAAUUCGAUCCGCAAACUGGAUCCACUUUGCAUAUAGAGCUAGCCAGAUCAAAUUCAAGGCGCAAACGUAAACCAGGUAGUGGACCUUAUGUUGUUAUAGAUAACAGAAGUAACGAGGCAUCAAAUGCACAAGAACCUUCAAGUAAUGAUGAUGGAGACUCUGAAUCAGAGGAUCCAUCUGAGGAUGAUAAUCGUGAAUCUGGCAACGAAGAUGAUUCAGAGACUGCAAAAAGUGGUGAGACAACAGGUGCUGAUGGCACUGCAGAAGCCGAGAAUUCAGAGAAGCCUGUGGAUGGGAAUGUCAACCAGUGUUCGACUCUGUUUAUUGCGAACCUUGGUCCAAAUUGCACGGAGGAAGAACUAACACAGGCGCUCUCUCAAUAUGCUGGAUUCAAGAUGGUUAAACUACGUGGCCGAAGCGGAAUGCCAGUUGCAUUUGCUGAUUUUGAGGAAAUCGAGCAAGCUAGCAAGGCCAUGGAGGGGCUUCAGGGUAGCCAGUUAGCAUCAUCAGACCGUGGUGGCAUGAACAUAGAAUAUGCGAGGUCCAAAAUGAGGAAGCAUUAGAAAAUCAGGGAAGAGGAGGACAAAGCUUUUCGAUUCUUCAAAUUUUCAGCCAAAUGAUGCAUGAAGUGCAAUUAGAAAAAUUGCUCUGAUUUUCUGUUCUUUUUUUUUUAUUUUUUAUUUAUGGCUGUAUUAUCUUUCGGCGUUUCCAGUAUGAUAGAAUCAUUUUCUGUUUAUUCCUCCUUCAGUCAACACUUAAGUCCCAUAACCAUUUUGUUAUUUCUUCCCAUCGUUUUUGUUUGGUAAAAUAUGCUUUUCUCCA